AUGGACACCAGUUCUGUUAUAUGGGUUUUAAGUGGCUCAGCUAUGUUUACUUGUGCAUGCAACUGGAGAAAAGAAGAACAAAAAAAUCUCGGAUGGUUGUAUACUAUUGCCUUUGAAGAAGUCGGGUGCAAUGUUUUGGAGAUGUUUGCUGUUGUUUUCGAGGGCGUGUCUUACUUCGUGUGGAGGAGUUUUAAUUCCACAGAGAAGAGAGAAGUAAAUAUAAGGAGAAAGGUUCUAACCUCUUAUAUGGAGCCUAAAAACCUGAGGUCAGAGACUCGUAGAAAUAAUUCUCCAAGAAGCUGCUGUUGUUGGUUCAGAGUUCAGCUGCUGUUGCUCAGUUUGUUAGCAAGAAGCUUCUAUUUGCUGAGGAUGGACAAUUUAAAUGGUGAUGGUUCUGAGCCCAACUCUACGACAGAUUCGAGACAUUCUGAUAAUGAUGCUCGUAAAAAGAUAGGUCGCAAAGGAACACGCCUUAAGCACCUUAGCCUACAAAAUGGGAAAAAGGUGGCAGUGACUUUUCUGUCACUUAGAGCCAGAUGGGCCAGAUUAAGCGAGUAUCAAUGA